CAGAGCAGCAUCUGGACAUAUGUCUAACCCGUGUGUUUAGUAUAAAACAUUGUGGGUUGCUGGAGUAAGUGCACAACAGAAAUCCGUUUCAUUCCCCCAACGCCAUUGAUAUCAUCAUGAACGUAGCCAACCUCAGGCCUUUCCCUGCCCAUUUCGUUCUGCAAGAUUUGACUGCCAUUACGGGUCCUGUCUUUGAAUUGAAGAAAAAUGCCCGUCAAGAAGAAGCCUACAGAUACGUCAAGCAGUGGUUCAAAGAUUUACAAGUCUAUCCUGAGCCCGAAGAGCGACGCUUCUUGUCUCACGCAUUCGAUCUCUACGCCGGUCUCAGUUUCCCCGAUGCAGAUGUCCAACAUCUCGAGACAUGCAUAUCCUUUGUCCUGUGGGCAUUUUCCUUCGACGAUCUAUCCGAUGAAGGAGAGUAUCAAUCGAAACCAGAGCGUGUCCAAGUCGGCGUUGAUAUUUCCAUGGAGGUCUUGAAUAAUCCUGAGCUGCCUGCUCCCAAAUUCAAAUACGCUGCUAUGCUUCAUGAUAUCUGGAGACGAGUCCGCUCCACAGCCAGCCCAGGUGCAUGCAAUAGGUUCAAGAAGGCCGUUGAGAGCUGGAUGAACUCCCAAGUUGAACAAGCAGGCAACACCGUCCCAUCUCUUGACGAGUUUAUUAAUCUUCGUCGGCGAACUACCGGUGGAGAGAUGGUGGAAGCCAUGGUAGAAUAUUCCCUUGACAUUACUGUCCCUGAACAUGUGUGGGAUCAUCCUAUAUUGGUUGGAUUGUCGAAGGCUGCUAUAGACAUUAUGACAUGGCCAAAUGAUCUCUGUUCAUUCAAUAAAGAGCAAUCGGACAAUGACUCCCAGAACCUCGUCUUCUGUGUAAUGCUUGAGCGAGACGUUGGUCUGCAACAUGCGGUUGACAUCGUCACAACGAUGUUAGCCGAUCGCGUCAAGGAAUAUGUCAAGCUCAAAGCUCAACUUCCCUCGUUCGGGGAGGAAGUGGACAGCGAGCUUCGGAGAUACUUCAUUGCAUUUGAGCACUACGUUCAAGGGGUCAUUGUGUGGCUUUAUAACCCGUCUCGAUAUUUCCGAGGCAUGGAUGUGACCAACAAGAAAGCUAUGAUCAUGCCCAUCUAUCCUCGUGCAGAAGAUGCUGUUGUGUCAGCAGCGACGAGAACGAGGGCAGUCAACAAGCCAAUCAGAACCAGGCCCAAAACCAGAAGGUACUCGAACGAUUUUGGGUCUUUCUUGAGACCGCUCUUCACUCCUAUGUAUUGUUUUUCGUUCCCCCUUAUCCUUACAUUGUACAUCGCAUACUCGCUCGUUCAUCUUCCGUCGUUUUUAGCUUGCUUUGCUGCCUGUGACAGCUUUCUCUAUUCCGCUCCCCUUCCCCCUAGUUAGAGCUACGCUACGCUCUUGAGCCUACAAAUAAGAUAGAUAGAUUGAAAGAAGUCUCAGCUAGGCUUUGAAUAGAUUGGCUGGAUUUAA